UUUUCUUCUUUCUUUCUUUCUUUUUAAAUGCUCUCUCCCUGUCUGUCUGCGGCUCUAAAAUGGUUCUCACAAAAAGAAGAGAAGCCUGCUUCUGCUGGAUUUAUUCAUCUUUCCACACUAAUAGCCUUGUUGAGAGGACAACGGGUUUUAUUUGACACCAAUUUCAAGUUGAAGGUCUUCCAUGAGGCCCAGGGAUCUGCAGGGAGAGGGUCUCAAGGGUGAAUAAAUAGAAAUUUUCCCCAGGGAGCCAUGCUGUGGUCUCCCUCCCACUGAGGACAGUGUAACUUGUUUCUGCUCCGGCUGUGCCGGGCCCACUGCGCCACUAAGAAAAAAAUAUUUUUCUACGCCAGAAAGGCAGAUGGGUGCAGGACUCCGUUGUCCUGCACCUGGUGACCCUUCAUGGGUCAUCUGCAAGGACGAUGUGGGUGUGGGCCUGCGUACGGUCCCCCGUCACAGUCCUCACUUCUGAAGAGUCCACUGGCUGCCCGUCUCCCGGGUCCCCAGCCCGCUCCUUGCCACCAUCUUCAGAGCUGCCACCACUCGAGAGUCCCCAGCUCCCGCUCUCCCUGCGGCAGGGAAGGAUCCAGGUGAAGAGCUCGGCCGUGGAGGAGCUGCAGAAGUCACACAUUGAGAACAUUGCCGCCUUCCUGGCCUCUCAGAAUGACGUUCCAGCUACUCCUCUGGAGGAGCUGGCCUACCGACGCUCCCUGCGAGUGGCCCUGGAUAUCUUGAAUGAGAGGACCAGCUGGAGUCCUGAAAGCCGUCUGAGGGAAGAUGAGGCCUCACUGUCCCAGAACGAGAAGCCAUGCGCUGAUGAGGCCUCUUGGGUCCCCAGCGUUCCCUCUCCUUCUUUUUGUGGUGAAGAUGUGGCUGCUCGGCGCACACCCAAGAGGAGGUGGGAAUGCAUACCACAAAGCCUGUCGGGGUUGUGUGCAUCUGAAGAGGACCCCAAGACAGACCUCCCAAAGAAUGCAACCCCCGGGCCAGCAUUGCCUUCCCCCACUGGAGAUGGGUCUCAGGACAGUUCUGGGUCACGACUGGACCGUGGACAGGAGGAUACAACCAAUCAAAGGCAGAGGAAUUUGGGAGAGACACCUACCCGGCGCCGCAGAACAGAGUCUCGCUUUUCCAAGGGGGAGAGUUUUUCAGGAAGCGAGGGACAGGCAAGCAGCUCUGUGACCCUGGCUUCUCCUAGGCUACUCUCCCAGGCCUGGGCAGAGGACCCCUGUGCCGGGGUCACAGGCUGCGACCAGCUUGUGCCAUCAGACAGCAGCCAGUGGCUCCCGGUCUCUGAGAGAGGCAGAGGACGCACCACAAAGAGGCCCCUCUUGGACGGAGGCCAGAACCCCCCCGCCAGGCAGCCGGGGACUGGAACUGUGGGGGCAGCAUCCUCCCCUAGGAGCUGGUGUGGGGAGGCCAUGGCGCUGUGCAGUGCUGGUGACUGUGAGAAACCAGAGGAAGAUCUUGUGUCCUCGGAAGAGUCCACAGGGUUCAAGUCCAUCCGCCCGCUGCUGGAGGAGGAGGAGGAGGAGGAGGAAGAGCCGCCCCGGAUCCUUCUGUAUCACGAACCACGAUCAUUUGAAGUAGGAAUGCUGGUCUGGCUUAAAUACCAAAAAUACCCGUUCUGGCCGGCUGUGGUGAAGAGCGUCCGGCGGAGAGACAGGAAGGCCAGCGUGCUCUUCAUUGAGGGUGACAUGAACCCCAAGGGCCGAGGAAUCACCGUAUCGCUUCGAAGGCUCAAGCAUUUUGACUGUAAAGAAAAGCACGCACUGCUGGACAGAGCCAAGGAGGACUUUGCCCAGGCCAUCGGCUGGUGUGUCUCGCUUAUCACCGACUACCGAGUGCGGCUGGGCUGCGGCUCCUUUGCCGGAUCGUUCUUGGAAUAUUAUGCUGCUGAUAUCAGCUACCCCGUGCGCAAGUCCAUCCAACAGGACGUCCUGGGGACCAGGUUCCCUCAGCUGGGCAAGGGGGACCCUGAGGAGCCUGUAGGGGACCGCCGGCCAGGACAGUGGCGGCCGUGCAGGAAGGUGCUGCCCGACCGCUCCCGGGCUGCGCGGGACAGAGCCAACCGGAAGCUGGUGGAGUACAUUGUGAAGGCCAAGGGCGCAGAGAGCCACCUGCGGGCUGUCCUGUGCAGCCGCAAGCCCUCUCGCUGGCUGAAGACAUUCCUGACCUCUGGCCAGUAUGUGACCUGCGUGGAGACAUACCUGGAGGAUGAGGCACAACUGGACGAGGUGGUGGAGUACCUGCAGGACAUCUGCCGAGACAUGGACGGCGAGGUGCCUGCACGCGGCAGUGGGGACCGCAUUCGCUUCAUCCUGGACGUGCUGCUGCCUGAGGCAAUCAUCUGCGCCAUUUCUGCAGUGGAGUCAGUGGACUACAAGACAGCCGAGCAGAAGUACAUCCGUGGUCCGACACUUAGCUACCGGGAAAAGGAAAUCUUUGACAAUGAACUCCUGGAGGAGAGGAACCGGCGCCGGCGCUGUCGCUGAUGCCCUGGCCUCCACCCCACCAGUAGGGCCUCCACAGCCUGCCAGAGGACUCUGCGGAACGUACUAGAAGCGAGAGGCCCCGAGUGUGCUUUGAACUGGGGUCCUGCACCUUCAGUACUGGGUCCAGGAGAUGAGAUGUCAUUGACACACCAGAAUCUUGCUGGCAGCUACAGACAGACGCUUUCUGGAAGUUUCUGUGCGUGUAUGCACGUGUAUGCUUAAUUUUUUUUGUU